AUGGCGGGCGCCACGUGGCGGCGCGUCGUCUCCGCCGUCGCCGACGUGGUCACGGACGAGCUCCUGGAGGACCCGUGCGUCUCCCUCGUGUUCGUGGCGUUCUCGGACCAGGCGGUGGAGGUCCCCCCGCCGCGGAGGGCGGCGGAGCUCCGCGAGCUGCUCCUCUCCCGGGAGUACUCCCCGCAGGGCGGCACCUCCUUCAAGGCCGCCUUCGCGCUCGCCCAGGCGGCGGUGCUGCGCGAGCUGUCCAAGCACGCCGGGCAGGGGCGGCCCGCGCGAGAUGUGGACCUGGCGGCCCUCGUAUUCACAGACGGCGAGGACACGUCCGUCAAGGGCGCUCGUGGCCGCCACGGAGUCCGCCUCGUUGACCAGGUCGCCUCACGCGCUGCCGCCCGCGCCGCAGGAGACGCUUUCCGAGAGGCUCUCCGCGGCACUGGCUGCGCCACCCACUUGUGCGUGGCGGCCUUUGGUGAGGACCAUGACCCGGGGCAGUGCCAGUACCUCUCGGACAGGUACUUCUACAUCAACCGCGGCGAGGCGCUGGCCGACGUGCUCGCGGGUGGCCUGGGCGCUCUGCUGAGCAGCGCGGGGCAGUGCGGGCUCCGCCUGCAGCUGCCGCCUGGCGUCGCGCUGGAGGAGCCGAUUCCUGCCAGCCUGCCGCUGGAUUCUCAGGGGCGCCUCGACCACCACGUCUGGCUGCGCGUGGAGGCCGACGCCAUCGAUGCUGAGGAGCGCCUCUCUGUGGACGUGGACGUGGCGGGCGCGCCGGUCCUCCGGGGCUCCGCCGCCGUCCGGCAGGCGGCGGACGUCGACGCCGACUCGUUCGAGGGCCACGCCUUCGUGCUCGACCUGGUCGCCCUGCAGCUCCGCCAGAUCGCCCGCGGCCUCUGCGGCCGGCGGCCUGGCGCCUGCGAGCUCGGCAAGCUCCGCGAGCGCCUGACCGAGGCGAAGGGCCGCGUGCAGCCGACGCGGGCGGCCGCCCACAGCGCGCGCGGCCACCUGCGCGGCAGGGCCGCGCUGCGCGAGCGGCUCGCGGAGGUGGACUCCGCCCGCGAGCGCCUGUCCUACGCGCUCGGGCAGUUCGACGAGCACGACGUCAACGACAGCCGCCAGAUCGGCAGCGUGGCCAUCGAUGCCAUCCUGCGCGACGCCGGGCAGCAUGUCCCCCAGGGGCCGGCCGCGGCCGGCCUCGCGCGGCGUGCGGCCGCCCUCGCGGCGCUGCCGGCGCCAGAGGCGCUGUCGAAGCACGGCGUGGAGUACACGACGGACGCGGGGGUCGGUGGAUUCGUGUUGCGAUGCUCGCGAGCUCGCCAGUCAGGGAGACGCCUUGUUCUUCCAGCUCGGCAGCGCGCGCCCGCUCCCGGGCGGCGUCGGCUUUGCUGCCGCGGAAGACUGCUGCGGCAUGAUCUCCUUCGAGGCCUUCCAGCUGCUGUCCCGCGACGGGAGGCAGCCCGUCAAGAGCGCGGAGAUAGGGGACGAGGGCUUCACCCACCUGGGCGUGCCGCUCUACGCCACGGAGGGCCACUUUGCGCGCGCCAGGCUGCUCCUGCCAGACGCCCUCCGCCUGCUGAGCCCCGGCGGCUCCUACCAGCCGGGCGCGUCGGAACUCCAGCUCCUCGGCCUCCUCGGCCGCAGCCUGGCCGCGGGCCAGGCCAAGACGGAGGCCCAGACGGUGGCGCUGCUGCACAAGGCGCGCGCGGUGCGCGCCGUGCUGGCCUCGACGCCCAGCGCGACGCCGGGCGAGUCGCUGCUGGACGCCGCGGUCGCGGGCGCCGCGCGCUUCCGGGCCGAGCCGAGCGCGAGGGCGGGCUGCGGAGACCUCUACGCCACGGCGGCGGCCGGCCUGCUGGCGCAGGCGUGGGGCGAGGAGGAGGUCGCGGGGCUGGCCUCUGCGGUCGUGGAGGAGGCGCUGCGCCGGCGCGUGGCGCAUGCGCUGCGCGGCGCGGGCGAGGCGCAGCGCCUGUGCCUGGUGUGGGCGCUCCUGGGCCCCUGCGACGAGGACUCGACGGCCUGUGGCUGGACCGCGAGCUCCCGUGCCCCGACGCCGGCGAGCUGCUCCUCUCCGGCAGCGGCUUCUGCCCCUUCCGUGCCCCGGAGGAGCUGGAGUCACUGGAGGCCGCGUGGCCAGGCCGCGCGGCGCCGCGCCCCGCCGGCGCCGCGGCGCUGCUGUCGGUCCUGUCGGGCAAGCGCGGGGCCUCGGACAACGGGCCCCACCGGGCGAGUGGGCCACGCUCAGAGCGCAGCUGCUCGCAUGGGGGCGUGCGGUCGGGGAGAUCGGCGGCACUGGCGAGUUGUGGGCAACCUUGGACGCGCUGA